AAACCCUGUUGUUUAAUGGUGGGAGGGGAGUCGUCUGUUGCUAGGCGACCAGAAGAGACCCUUGUUACCUAGAGACAGGAGGAGGAUUCCUCUGUUGCUAAGGAACUAGAGGAGAGACUUGUUAUCAGUGGGGCGGGGGGUUCUCUGUUGCUAGGUAACCAGAGAGGGAGCCUGUUACCUACAGAGCGGAGGGGGGUCCCUCUGUUGCUGGCUCCAGGUCCCGGUCUCCUGAGCGCCUUCUCCUGCGCCCCGCACGCAGGAGCGGAGGGCGGCAUGUCCCAGGGCCCAGGAGCGCCGCCACGACCCUCUGUGUACCACGAGCGGCAGCGCCUGGAGCUGUGUGCCAUCCACGCCCUCAACAACGUCCUGCAGCAGCGGCUCUUUAGCCAGGAGGCUGCCGAUGAGAUCUGCAAGAGGUUGGCCCCCGACUGCCGGCUGAACCCCCAUCGCAGCUUCCUGGGCACCGGCAACUAUGACGUCAAUGUGAUCAUGGCCGCUCUGCAGGGGCUGGGCCUGGCCGCGGUGUGGUGGGACCGAAGGAGGCCCCUGUCCCAGCUGGCCCUGCCCCACGUGCUGGGGCUGAUCCUGAACCUGCCGGCGCCCGUGUCGCUGGGGCUGCUGUCGCUGCCCCUGCGCCGGCGGCACUGGGUGGCCCUGCGCCAGGUGGACGGCGUCUACUACAACCUGGACUCCAAGCUGCGGGCGCCCGAGGCGCUGGGGGAUGAGGACGGCCUCAGGGCCUUCCUGGGGGCCGUGCUGGCCCCGGGCCUGUGCCAGGUGCUGGUGGUGGUGACCAAGGAGGUGGAGGAGAAGAGCAGCUGGCUGCUGACCGACUGACCCCGGGGCGGGUGCCCUGCCGCGCUGCCUGUCCCUGCUGAGUCCCGCCCGGCUCCGGGGCCUCCCCACCGGCCCCCAUGGGCCCCCGAGGCCCCGCCCCUCCCCCCCUCCUGCUGCUGCUGCUGCUGCUGUUGCCUCAAUAAAUCAGAUUUGUUCCUUUC